UCACUGGUCGCGCCUGCGCUGUGGUUCUUGGAGAGCGGUGCUGUGGAAAGCCGGACAACGCGGCGGCGGCUCUUCAAAGCGGAGCCCGUGUAGCUACCGUUGUCGCCGCCAUGAGUCGCAACUAUAAUGAUGAGCUGCAGUUCUUGGAAAAAAUCAAUAAAAACUGCUGGAGGAUCAAGAAGGGCUUCGUGCCCAACAUGCAGGUUGAAGGCGUUUUCUACGUGAAUGAUGCUCUGGAGAAACUGAUGUUUGAGGAAUUAAGGAAUGCCUGUCGAGGUGGUGGUGUUGGUGGCUUCCUGCCAGCCAUGAAACAGAUUGGCAAUGUGGCAGCCCUGCCUGGAAUUGUUCAUCGAUCUAUUGGGCUUCCUGAUGUCCAUUCAGGAUAUGGGUUUGCCAUUGGAAAUAUGGCAGCCUUUGAUAUGAAUGACCCUGAAGCAGUGGUAUCCCCAGGUGGUGUCGGGUUUGACAUCAACUGUGGUGUCCGCUUGCUAAGAACCAAUUUAGAUGAAAGUGAUGUCCAGCCUGUGAAGGAGCAACUUGCCCAAGCUAUGUUUGACCACAUUCCUGUUGGGGUAGGAUCAAAAGGUGUCAUCCCCAUGAAUGCCAAAGACUUGGAGGAGGCCUUGGAGAUGGGGGUGGACUGGUCCUUAAGAGAAGGGUAUGCCUGGGCUGAAGACAAAGAGCACUGUGAGGAGUAUGGAAGGAUGCUGCAGGCAGACCCCAAUAAGGUCUCUCCAAGGGCUAAGAAAAGAGGCCUUCCUCAGUUGGGGACCCUGGGAGCAGGCAACCAUUAUGCAGAAAUCCAGGUUGUGGAUGAGAUUUUCAAUGAAUAUGCUGCUAAGAAAAUGGGCAUCGACCAUAAGGGACAGGUGUGUGUGAUGAUCCACAGUGGAAGCAGAGGCCUGGGCCACCAAGUAGCCACAGAUGCUCUGGUAGCUAUGGAGAAGGCCAUGAAGAGAGACAAGAUUAUAGUCAAUGAUCGGCAGUUGGCCUGUGCUCGAAUCGCUUCCCCAGAGGGUCAAGACUACCUGAAGGGAAUGGCAGCAGCUGGGAACUAUGCCUGGGUCAACCGCUCUUCCAUGACCUUCUUAACCCGGCAGGCUUUUGCCAAGGUCUUCAACACAACCCCUGAUGACUUGGAUCUCCACGUGAUCUAUGAUGUUUCUCACAACAUUGCCAAAGUGGAGCAGCAUGUAGUGGAUGGAAAGGAACGGACACUGUUAGUACACAGGAAGGGAUCCACCCGCGCGUUCCCUCCUCACCAUCCACUCAUUGCUGUUGAUUACCAACUCACUGGACAACCAGUGCUCAUCGGUGGCACCAUGGGAACCUGUAGUUAUGUUCUUACUGGCACCGAACAGGGCAUGACUGAGACCUUUGGCACAACCUGUCAUGGAGCGGGCCGUGCAUUGUCCCGAGCAAAAUCUCGACGUAAUUUAGAUUUCCAGGAUGUCUUAGACAAAUUGGCAGAUAUGGGAAUUGCAAUCCGUGUUGCUUCACCCAAACUGGUUAUGGAAGAGGCUCCUGAGUCCUACAAGAAUGUAACAGAUGUGGUGAAUACCUGCCAUGAUGCUGGAAUCAGCAAGAAAGCCAUUAAACUCAGACCAAUUGCUGUGAUCAAAGGAUAGAACCUUGGACAGCAGGGCCACCAGACACCACUGACCCUCUGUGAAGUGGAAGUAGACUGACAUGCUCUUCCAACGUCAGACUCAAGUCAGGACAGGUUCCAAAGUGUGCAGCUGUAACUGCUCGUGCCAAAAUGGCUGACGGGGAGGCUGCUGCUUUCAGGAGCCCGUGCUUGUAAAAUAAUCUUCCAAGAAGAGGAACCUUUGGAAAGGGAGGAAUAUACCUUCUCCUUGGCUGUUCCACAGAGUUUUAGGAAAAUCUGUUAGGGGUGGGUAGGUGUCAAGAAACUGCCUUACGCAGUCAUACAAGUCUUUAGCCAUCAGGUGGAACUUUGUUACGCCAAGCUGUGUUUACAUUCCGAGAGGUGUCAUGAAGAAAGUUCUAUUAAAUAUGGUUUUGGAAUGUU